UCAGUGUGUAACCUGUCUCUGGAGCACCGCUGUGGUGACGGACGCUGUGUGUCCAGAGACUGGCUCUGUGACGGAGACCACGACUGUCUGGACAAGAGCGACGAGGUCAACUGCUCGUGUAAGAGUCAGGGUCUGAUGGAGUGUAGGAACGGAGCUUGCAUCCCGUCGGCGUUUCGAUGUGACGGCGAAGACGACUGUAAGGACGGCAGCGACGAAGAGCACUGCAGCAAAGAGAAUCAGGGUGUGUGUCCUCCCGGUCAGCCCAGCUGUAUUUCCACUUCCUCCUGCGACCCUCGGAACAACAACAACAACAGUAACUGCACGCGAUGCGAGGCCAUUUCCCUGGAGCUUUGCAUGAACCUCCCGUACAACCAAACCAUCUUCCCCAACUUCCUGGGCCACCUCUCCCAGAGGGAGAGCUCUGUUUCCUGGGAGUCGUCUCUGUUUCCCGCCCUGGUUCAGACCGGAUGUCACCCCUUCCUCAUGUUCUACGCCUGCACGCUGCUGGUGCCAAAGUGUGACCCGGUGACUCUGCAGAGGGUCCCACCAUGCAGGUCUCUGUGUCGCGGUGCGAAGGAGAAAUGUGAGUCUGUGCUCGGCAUCGUGGGCCUGCAGUGGCCGGAGGACUCGGACUGCUCUCAGUUUCCUGAGGAAGGAGGAAACGUCAGCUGUUUGCUGCCGGAGGACGGAGUGGACGAGUGUUCUCCGAGUCACUUCAAGUGUCGCUCCGGUCGGUGCGUUCUCUCGUCUAAACGCUGCGAUGGACACCUGGACUGUGAAGACCAAAGCGACGAGGACAACUGCG